AGCAACCCACCACUUCGGAUGCAGAAUUUAUUCACAUCGAAGAAAACCAAGAACAGUUGCUCCGAUUCAAUGAUAAGAUUAAUGGACGCCCUGCAUGGAUCCUGUUGGAUUCUGGUGCCUCCAAAAAUUUU